CCUCCCGGCGGGGACCGGCGGCCCAGCCUCCUUCAUGGAAGCGAUGUCCCCCCAGCAGGAGACCCUAGGGGGGCAGCCGGCGCGCUCCUCUUCGCUGACCGGAGUGUCUCGGAUCGCGGGAGGCGCCGGCACCAAGAAGAAAAUGAAAACAUUAGCAGAAAGGAGAAGGAGCGCCCCGUCUCUGAUCCUGGACAAAGCCCUGCAGAAACGGCCUAGCACCAAGGAGAGUCCUUCUGCUGGUGUGGACACCUGCGCCUUCCUGUCCACGUUCGCCGGCUCCAGCAGGACCCUGCUGAUUGACGGCCGGGUAGAGCUCAGAAGGGGCCUACAGAGGCAGGAGCGGCACCUCUUUUUGUUCAAUGAUCUGUUCGUUGUGGCCAAAAUCAAGUAUAACAACAACUUUAAGAUAAAAAAUAAAAUUAAAUUAAGUGACAUGUGGACAGCGAGCUGUGUGGACGAAGUAGGAGAAGGCAACACCAAUGCCCUGAAGUCCUUUGUCCUGGGCUGGCCCACGGUCAACUUCGUGGCUACUUUCAGUUCUCCAGAACAAAAGGACAAAUGGCUCUCUCUCCUUCAGAGAUACAUCCACCUAGAGAAAGAGAAGGACUACCCGAAGAGCAUUCCCCUCAAAAUCUUCGCCAAGGACAUUGGGAAUUGUGCCUAUUCUAAAACUAUAACAGUAACGAAUUCAGAUACAGUGAAUGAAGUUAUCAACAUGUCACUACCAAUGCUGGGGAUAACUGGCUCUGAGCGAGAUUACCAAUUAUGGGUCAAUUCUGGCAAAGAAGAGGCACCAUACCCACUUAUUGGGCACGAAUAUCCCUACGGAAUCAAGAUGAGUCACCUCCGCGACACAGCGCUCCUGGCCCCGGGGCCCAAGGACUCAGCCUCACCUGCCAACCUGCAGGAGCCCUUCCUCAUGGAGCAGCUGCCCCGCGAGAUGCAGUGCCAGUUCAUCCUGAAGCCCAGCCGCCUGGCUGCAGCCCAGCCCCUGAGCGAGUCAGGCCAGAAGACAUUUAAAAGGAGGCGAUCCAUCAUAAACUGGGCCUUCUGGCGGGGCUCCAGCACCCACCUGGACAACUUGCCCAUGUCACCAACGUCGCCUAUGCCAGGGCAGCUCUUUGGAGUGUCUCUGCCGAGUGUUUGUGAGAACGACAAUCUGCCCAAACCUGUGUUGGACAUGCUUUUCUUUCUUAAUCAAAAAGGACCCCUCACAAAGGGCAUCUUCAGACAGUCUGCCAACGUGAAGUCCUGCCGCGAGCUGAAAGAGAGACUGAAUUCCGGAGUGGAAGUGCACCUAGACUGUGAAUCCGUUUUUGUGAUCGCCUCCGUCUUAAAGGAUUUUCUGCGAAACAUUCCAGGAAGCAUUUUUUCAUCAGAUCUCUACGAUCACUGGGUCUGCGUAAUGGAUCAAGGAAAUGAUGAAGAGAAAAUAAAUACAAUUCAAAGACUAUUAGACCAGCUUCCGAGAGCCAAUGUUGUCCUCCUAAGAUACCUCUUCGGGGUUUUGCACAACAUCGAGCAGCACUCCUCGGCCAAUCAGAUGACUGCAUUUAACUUAGCCGUAUGUAUCGCUCCCAGCAUCCUGUGGCCACCUACUUCCUCCAGCCCAGAACUAGAAAACGAGUUUACAAAAAAGGUUUCUCUGCUCAUACAAUUUCUGAUUGAAAAUUGCUGUAGGAUAUUUGGAGAAGAGAUCACUUCCCUCUUGGGAGAGGUUGCAGUGAGAUGUGAUACUAGAGAGAACGCCUCAGAUCUCUCUUGCUUCCAACUGAACGACUCCUCCUACGACAGCUUGGAAAAUGAACUGAACGAGGAUGUGGACGCCCCGUGUAGCGACCUGGUGAAGAAACUCGGCCAGGGCAGCCGAAGCAUGGACUCCGUGCUGACCCUCAGCGACUACGACCUGGACCAGCCAGAGGUGGAGGGCCUCCUCACCCUGAGUGACUUCGACCUGGACCGCUCCAAAGACGAGGACGUGCACCUGGCCCGGGCCCUGGAGUCCCAGCCGGGGAGGGUCGCGGUGUACACCAAGGCCCCCCUGCGGGAUCCAGCCCGGGCCCCCUGCAGUCUGAGCACCCCCCGCUACCUGCCCCCCGCCACCGCCGUGGACGCCCCCAAGAGCCUGAGGCGGCACCGGCGCUGCUCGGAGCCCAGCAUCGACUAUUUCGACUCCAAGCUUUCCUACCUCAGGGAGUUCUACCAGAAGAAGCUCCGCAAGUCCAGCUGCGACGCCAUCCUCUCGCAGAAGGACGCGGACAGCCUCAAGCAGAACCCGCCCCCCCGGGAGGAGGCUAGGGGCUGCCCCAGGCCCUGUGGCGCCCCCCCGGGCGGGGACACCAUGGGCAGGAGAGACGCCGCCGGUCACACCCCGAGGAAGAAGAGCCUGUCCGCCAGCGAAGGACACCACGGCAAGCUCUUCCCCAAGUCCAAGCCCGUGGCCAUUUCUGUGGCCUCCUGCAGCCACGUGCCCUCGCAGGGCCGCACAGGGACCCAGCCCUUCGCCGCCGACCCCCCUGGGUACUCCCCGCCGCACACGGCCGACGCCCUCAAGGGCCCGAGGAGGCACCGGCGCUGCUCCGAGCCCAGCAUGGACGACCAGCGCUGCAAGCUGACCUACCUCAGGGCCGUGUAUUCCAAGCAGCAGCAGAAGAGCGGCCGCGGGGCCGGCCCCCUGCACGGAGAGGACGACUAUCUCAAGCGGCACAAGUCUUUGCAAAUGGAGGGGCAGAAACUCAUCAAUCAGAGCCUGGUCAUGGGGAUCGAGGUGGGCAAGAGCAGUGCCGUGACCCCGAACCCCGACAGGGCCAUCCCCCCACGCCUGCACAUCGGCCCGAGGACUAGCUACUCCAGCCUGUCCUCCCCUGGCUCCUCCCCGUCGGGCUCCUCGGUCAGCUCCCAGGACAGCGCCUUCUCCCAGAUCUCCGAGCACUCUGUGUUUACACCCACCGAAACCUCGUCGCCCAUAGAUUGCACUUUCCAGCCUCAAAGGAAGCCAGAGGAGCUCUCCUCGGACCUGAGCGGCUCCAGCCUCGUCUCUGGCACGCCCGGGCCCUCCUCGGGGCAGGCCGGCAGGCGCCUGGGGUACGCAAAAAAGGACCCGGUGGAGUGGCCUUCACAAAUGCACCCCGUGACGCUGCACCCCAGCACGUGGCUGAGAAACGGUGUGGCCAGCUUGAAAAACUGGUCCCUCAAAAAGAAGGCAAGGGCGCUGAGACCAGAGGAAAGGAAAAUAGACGUUCUCAAAGGGCCCACGGAGCCACUCCCACAGGCCUCUGGUGUGCCAGAGGCCAGCUCACUGCGAGACAGGCUGAAAGACAUGCCGCUCGGGGCGGGGGCAGAGCCUGGGGCCGGGCACACUGACCCCUGGCCCAGCACCCCUCCGGGCCAGGACGUGCAGCCGCACAGCCGCUCCCCCUUCAGCCUGGUGGAAGACCGGCUCCGGGUCCCCGCGGAGUCACGGGAGGGCGGCGAGCAGGGUGGCCAGUGCUCCCCGGGCGCCCUGCCUUGCGCGAGGGCCUCACCCAGCCCUCCGACGGGGGAGGACGCGGCCAGCGCUGGCUCGGGCCUCACCGUGGUCCGCGAUGUUGGGGACAGACAACCAGCCAAAGACACUGAACCACAGUAAGAAUCUGACGUCUGCAAGAUCAGAAACCCGGCUAUUAAUGACCUAGAGACAGUAAUUAUGACCCCUUUGUAUAAAAUACCUGGGAUGGGUAGCAGAAGGAUCAUCAUCGGUAAUACUUAGGACAACAAAAGAAUUCUCCUUGAGGCUGUUUGGCCAGAAAAAUAAUAAUAAUGCUUAGACUUAAAAAAGUUCACCACCUAAGUGUUUGGAAAGCUGUUCCUUCCUUUGCUAGGUCAAGGGCCUGGUCCUGCCGUGUGUUUUUAAAGAUACUAGCAGAGGGCUAGAGGAAGCACCUCCUGUCCAGGCGGCAGGCCUGCAGGACCAGCCGGUCUGUGCGCUGAGUGUCCUGAGAAGGCCAUGAUCCCGCAGUGAGGACCGGGAGAGCGGAGAGGGGCAGGCGAAGCACCAACCCCAGCCCCCCGUGGGCUGCUUUCCUAAGCAGGCGAAGACAAGCCCGCGGUGACGAGGGAAAUCUGGGAAGCACCCCCUCUAAGCAAGGGGCUCUCAGACGAGGUGGGACAGUCGUGUGCCCUCACAGGAUCCUUCCGGGAGCCAGCCCCGGAGGCAGCAGCCCCAAGUGCACGAUACCAUGGCCUCUGUGUCUGUCGUGUUGGCAGACUUGUUCCUCAGUGUGGCCUUUCUCUGCAAAGGCCCAGGGAACGGAGCUGCGAGGAGAAAGAAGGGAACAGCAGCCCCGGAGGGAUGUCCUAAGGCACCCACCUGGAGACCUCUCCAGAAAGGCAGCUUCUGCCGUCCUCAUCAGGUGACCAUCUCAGCUGGAGAGGGGCCGCGAGGCCAGGCCUCUCUGCUCUGCCAAUACUGCCGCUGCCAGCUGAGCAAAGCCUGGCCCCUCCUGGCCGAGACAUUUUGCCGCAGCCAAACGGCCUCUCCGCCAACCAGAAAGAAAAAGCUCCUGAUAAGUCAUCCCUUUUCUGAUUGCCUUUCAGCGGUUGAGAGAUCGCUUGAGAGACUGGCAGGUUAGAAGUGUCACGGAACUCAAUUCCCCCAGGGCUCUGUCAGGUUUCUCCUCUGACAGGCAUGGACUUUGGAUUUUUCUUACCACCCGAAGUUUUCAGUUAUUUUUGUCCUAAGCGAUUCAUGGUUUACAGAUGAUGUAUGGACGUUCCUCGGGUCGCACUGGUGCACCUCCCAGAUGAUCCCUGCGGGUUGUCGCCCUCCCAACCCCACCCCCUGCCAAUAUGAAGGGCAAAAUCAGAGCAAAGUGCAUCUUCAUUGUGACUAUGUGACUACUCGUAACCAGUUUGCUGGGGGCCAUUUGGUGUCUAGUUCACCAGCAGGUGGUCCUUUCGCACCACAAACCUGCCUAUUCCAAAUUUUUUCUUAGCCUCCAGAAAUCUUUAAAAUAUUUUCCCCUGUUGCCCUAAAGGCUGCAUUUUGCAGUGAUUGAAAGAAAAUAAUGUUUUCUGUAAGAUAGACGUCCUCACAGUAUUAGCUAUAGGUGCUACCUACCUCCGUGGGACAUGGCCCUGUUUGCCCUCCCCAGCGUCAGUCACCGGGAGAACUCUGCGUCCAAAGAACGCAGCGAUGCACUGACCAUCGCAGUCACAGGUGUGAAGUAGAUCUCACCUUACAACCCACCCCUCCCGAGUGACACGCCCCAGCGUCCGCGUGCACCUCCUGUGGUGGAGCAUAGACAGCCAACAGGGACCCCCGACCCGCAGGAUGACUACUGUCCAAAAUGCAAGAUGUGAAUGAAACUUACUGCUUGGAGUGUCUUUCUAGAAGAACUUGCUUCUCUACCUAACAAGAUAACAGGCCUAGCCUUUUUAUUUUAAAAUUGGCAGGUAGAAAGUCACCUACCCAAAUUGAAGGGUAGCAGAAAAUAGAUGCUGAGAUUCUUCAUUAACCCCUGCUACUCUGUCCCCUUAGAUACUCCUGUCACACUUAAUGUGAAUAGUUUGUUAAUAUUGCUGUAAAGUAUAAUGUAUGAUUUGAAGACAGACUACAUGUCAUUUUAUUAUACUCUGUCAAUCUAUAAUAUAUUAGACUGAUGCUUUAUCUAAAAUGCUUUGAGUUUGUAUAAUAUAUCUUGACAAAUUUUACUACCAUAUGUUAUGUAAUAAAUGUGUAUUUUUGUACUUGCAGAAGCUGCUGCUAACUUUUAAAGUUGUUUGGUUUUCAAGGCACUGAUAAUGGAUAUGUAUGAAGUCCAUACUGUCUGUUAAAUAAAAUACCAUUCUGCAGUUAACGGUCCCCACAGAGCUGCCCUUCAAGAAGUGCUUCAGUUCGUGAGCUCGAUUGCUGCUUAACAUUGGAAGCUCAUAAAAUGUAGCUCCCAGGGAUGUGGGACUUGGAGCAUUUAGCCACAGGUCACGGUCAGUCUUCCUAGAAAACUAGGGGCUUUUUUUUUCCCCUUCAUAUUUUUCUCAUCUACAACUUACCAAACAAGUUACACUGUCACUGAGCUCCUUGGGUCAAAGAAUAGAUUAUAUUCUCACAUGACACUCAGUUUAAUUGAUUACUUGAGAUUUCCUCAUCUAAAUCUCAACCAUUCUGACGAGAACACCCAGUUGUUCCUAGACAUAUACCCAAGACACCAGUACUACAUAGGUCACAUGAACUGAUGGGUGAACAUUACUGGUCUCUCACAACUGCUGCUGCAUUUCCUCCUCCUCAAACCUCACUGAUUUAAACAUUCACUACCUUAGUCCAGAAAAGAAAAUGAUUUGCAUACUGAGCAGUGAAGAGAGCAACUGCAUUUACAGAAACACCACUAUCGAGCUUUCGGCAAUUUUUUCUUCCUAAACCUCACAGAAGCAGAUUUUGCUUUUAAAAAGGAGACAAGCUAUCAGAAACAUUGAGCUCAAGAAAUUCAAAUUUUUCUGCUUUUCAUGGCAAGACACUGAACUGAAAGGAUGUAACAGUCUAAUGAAAGAACAAUGUAUUCUUAUGGGUCUGAAAUAGAACAAUGGCAUAUUUUUGUCUGUUGAAAGAAACUUCAAGAACAUUAUGUAUCUUAGUCCAUCUUAUGGGAGUGCUUGCUGAUUUUUUUUUCCUACCUGGUCAUGUUUUAAUGGCUUGACAGGAAGUCUUUACAAACUGCCUAUUGCAGUGCACUGAAAAUAACUGAAUAAAAAGU